ACUCGCAGUUAUUUUCAUCGACAUUCCUACUGCUUUCCCCCGUGUUCGAUGUCUCUACGACAAUAUCCAAGUUCUGUCUGUGUGACAGCGGCAAAGAGUUGGGAAAUGGGAAUUAGCAGAGGGUAUUUUUGGCAGCAAUUUGGUGAAAUACCCGCCGUCGGGAUCAUGACGAUCCAUCUCAGUCUAUUGAGAUUUGUGUUUUAUUUAUUUCAGGAGGAAGCUGGUCGCAAGAGGAGGGUUCGUGAUGAAGCCAAACGACUGUCGGUGGUAGAUGAAGCCUUGCCGAUUGAAAAGUUUCAUUGCCCUGCUUCGUUCAACACGGCAUUCAAAAAAAUAUCUGAUAACCUCAGGUCCUACCCUGCACUACAGUUUGGUGAAGUGAAAGUGCGCAGUCACAAAAUGGAGAAAGCUGGUCGCAAGCUAAGGGUUUGUGAUGAAGCCAAACGACUGUCGGUGGUAGAUGAAGCCUUGCCGAUUGAAAAGUUUCAUUGCCCUGCUUCGUUCUACACGGCAUUCAAAAAAAUAUCUGUUAACCUCAGGUCCUACCCUGCACUACAGUUUGGAAAAGUGAAAGUGCGCAGUCACAAAAUGGAGAAAGCUGGUCGCAAGCAAAGGGUUCGUGAUGAAGCCAAACGACUGUCGGUGGUAGAUGAAGCCUUGCCGAUUGAAAAGUUUCAUUGCCCUGCUUCGUUCAACACGGCAUUCAAAAAAAUAUCUGAUAACCUCAGGUCCUACCCUGCACUACAGUUUGGUGAAGUGAAAGUGCACAGUCACAAAAUGGAGAAAGCUGGUCGCAAGCUAAGGGUUUGUGAUGAAGCCAAACCACUGUCAGUGGUGGGUAAAGUCUUACCGAUUGAAAAGUUUCAUUGCCCUGUUUCGUUCAACACGACACUCAAAGAAAUAUCUGAUGACUUCAAGCGAGACUCCGUCACCCUGGAUGUGGAAACAGCGCAUCAGUGGCUUGAGAAAUGCAAUAUUCCCCACAAGAUCGAGUGA